AGCUCUUUAGCGGUUUUACUCCAGCCACAAGUUAUUGAUACACUCUAAUCAUUAUGGCACACUAUAGGCAAGCUUUCAAAUUGGGAUGUUUGUACUCUGAGGAACUCUACAAGAUAAAUUUGAAAACAUUAAAUAAAUUUGUCAAAUAUUUGUCCUUUUUUACAAGUCAUACCGAGUCAGACUCGGGUUUUUUUUUAAGCUAUGGCAUUUCUCAUGAAUCAAAUGGUGGGCAGUAAGCUGAAGAGUUUUGCUGAUGGAGGUGGCGAAGGUGGCAGCAAAGCCGGAGCAGAUGGAAAAGAAACAGCCGAGUCCAAAGGCAUGUCCAGGGAGGAGUUUGAGGAAUACCAGAAGCAGCUGGUGGAAGAAAAGAUUCAACGAGACCAAGACUUUGCAACAAAAAAGGCUGAGAGGGCAAACCUGAGAGUCGCACUCAGAGAUAAAUACCGACUACCGGAUAGCGCUCUCGACGGCGCCAUGAUUCAGAUGGCCGGAGACGACGUUGACCUGCCGGAGGAACUGGCCAAAAUGGUAGAUGAAGAUGAGGAGGAGGAGGAGACCAACGAUUCAUUCCUCCACAAGCUGCAAAACAUGGACCUGGACGAACUGAAAACCAAGGCCCAGAGCAGAGUGAGCGAGCUCCGGCAGACUGCGGAGGAGAAAUGCGUCCUCAUGUGAACCCCUGCAGUACGGCCCAGACGAGCUUUAGUAUUUAAAUUUAGCUCCGGCGUCACUAUCCUUUUUUUUUUUUUUAUUUACUUGUUUUACAGGUCUGGACAGUUUCCUCACAGAAAAGUUUCUUCUUUUCGAUGUGAGGCUUUAUGUCUGCAUUUCUUUCACUGGGAAACAUUUACCGGUAAAUGCUUCUUGUACAGAUUUAUAGAAGUUUUAUGCUCGCAAAGUUUGUGUAAAUAAACAUGUAAAAGUACAAAAAUGUCUGCUUUUCUGGAAGGUGUGUAAAGAAUGAAAGAUUUAUAUCCUCUACUCAAAAUUACAAAUGUUA